UCUCUAACCCUUACAUUUUUUUUAUUUAGAAAAAUGGCAGAGAAACCUGAAGAUCUGAAUCUACCGACUUCAAUUGUCACAAAAAUUAUCAAGGAUUGUCUACCUCCAAACUGUAAAGUUUCAAAGGAAGCAAAUGCUGCAAUUGCCAAGGCAGCCAGCGUAUUUAUCCUGUACACAACCUCCAGUGCUAAUGCAGUUGCACAGAAGAGCAGUAGGAAAACCAUAUCUGGUCAGGAUGUGAUUUCAGCGAUGGGUGAGAUGGAGUUUGAUAAGUUUGUUCGACCCCUGGAGAAUAGUUUAGCGAGUAAGUUCAACUUUUCAAAAACAAAGUAA